GAUAGAACUUCUAAAUUCAAUCUAACCGCCGCUUUCUCCUUGUCUAUGAAUUACCUGUUCUAUUAUUCCAAAUUCUUUUUUUUUUCUUUUUUUCGUAACUAUCUCGACUUCAACUUCGAUAAUGUUGUUGUUGUUCCUCUCCCUUGAAUCAAUUCCCACACAUUUAUUCCUACCCGUAGAUAUUGUCCUGUUCGUUCAGUUCACAAUAAAACUACGAUAGUAUUCACUAUUUACUUCCCUGCGCUGUCAGCGCCACCUACGUUAACCUACAACACAUACAAUACAUACGUACCUCCCAGGUAUCUAAUCGCUAUUGCCAUGGUCAUUGUCAUUGUCGCAAUAUUAAUUUCUCAACACAACUACGAACUUCUUAUUAAACUACUUUGACCCUUUACCUAUUAUUCCACCCUCUCCAUUCCUCGAUCUAAGUUGUGUAUGAAGAAGUCGAUAUUGUAACAAAUAUCUCGGGGUACAUUUUAGGUCAUUACCCGACCUAGAGGCUUAACAUGGCGGAUUCAGGGGAUCAGGGCGGCACAGCCCAGCGUAAUCAGGGCAUCACUCUGAUAGCUUUUGUUACUGCCCUGAACGUCUCGUUAAUAGUCUUUGGCGUUCAGACAGGGUUCUUCUUGUUACUGAGAAAUAAGCUCUCCAGGAUAUUCAAGCCUAAAACAUACCUUGUACCAGAACGAGAGCGAACUGAACCUCCACCGAGUAGCCCAUGGGGUUUGGUUAGUACUGUAUUCCGCUUCCCAGAUCGCGAGGUUAUUAAGAAAUGUGGUCUGGAUGCAUACUUCUUUCUCCGAUACCUGCAGACUUUACUCGUCAUAUUCAUACCUAUGGCUGUCGUUAUAAUUCCGAUCCUGGUGCCAGUCAAUUACGUUGGCGGACUCAGUCGCAAUUUCUCAGCAAAUACUUCCGAGAGUCUCAAUUCUACUGACCCUCAGGGCGCUGAUUAUAGCGACCCUAGCGCACCCAAAUCUAACAUUACCGGUUUGGAUACGUUGGCAUGGGGCAAUGUAAGAAAAGACCAGACUAACAGAUACUGGGCGCAUCUCAUCAUGGCGGUCUUGGUUAUCAUAUGGGUUUGUGGCGUCUUCUUCGCCGAACUGAGGGUUUACAUCAAAGUCCGCCAGGACUGGCUAACGACCGCCGAACACCGUCUACGAGCUUCUGCGACAACUGUUUUAGUUAGCGGUAUUCCUGACAAAUGGCUCAACGAGAAGGCUCUCAGAGGCCUCUUUGAUGUUUUCCCGGGAGGACUUCGAAACGUAUGGCUCACGCGAGAUUUGACGCACCUUUUAGAGAAGAUCUCUAAACGUGAUAUGAUUCACAAACAGCUAGAGGAAGCCCAGACGGAACUUAUUCGGAUGGCGAAGAAAGAGCAACUGAAGAAGAGGGAGGCGGAUGAAAAACAGGCGCGCAAAGCAUCUAAAUCACAUCGACCCACUAAAGGAGAGAGACAGGAACGCCAAAAGAGGGAAGACGACGCAGCGAAAAGGCAAGCCGAAGGCAACCAAGGCAUAAGCAGCGGUGAUCGGCACGAGGUCGCACACGAUUUGGGCGAUGCCGAGGCAGAGGUCAAGACUGAGCAUCGCAACGAGGACCAGAGGCCAUCUACCGGGCGCAGCUUUGUAGCGAGUGGGUUCUCGAAACUAACUGGCGGAUUUGGAAAGGGUGUUGAUGUGAUGGGUAAGACUGGACAGGAAAUACUUGGAGGCGCUAGGAAUAUUUCGCAUGGCAUCGAUAGCCAAAUUGAAACAACAAACGGCUUCGUAGCAAUAGGAACGCCACGGGGCCCAUCGCCAACUUCCCCCACGCGAGGAUCGGAUCGUCGUCAUGUUCAGCUGCCAGACGAGAAAGACCUUCCCAGGCCGUCAACCCAGAACUCGAAUCAUCCCGAAGACCGUGUAAUGGGGCCCCCUACAUCUCAAGCAGAGCAUUAUCGCAAUUGUUCUACGGUUUCCCAGGAUACCAUACUAAAAGGAGAGAGCGUCGAGAUGCAACAUUUCGGGAAUACCACUCGCAAAGCUGAUACCCUUGAGGAUAUGCAGCAACACGACACCAUACGAUGGUAUCAGUUUUGGAAGCCUCCAGCAGGUGGAUACGUGUCACCUGUUCCCCAGGGAUACGAAGGAGACGAUGUUCCAUUCAGGAAGGAGAAGUCGCUCUUAGAAAAAAUUAAGCCAUUCAUUCCGUUUCUUGGUGGUCCGGAGCUUGAGCCGAUAGAAUACCCCAAAGCCUACAAUGAGGAAUGGCUGGAAGAUAAGGACGGCGGAGCGGAGUGGGAAAAAUGGGUUAAGAAAUCCAAGCGUCCGACACAUCGUCUUGCCAUCUUUGAGUGGACUCCUUCCUGGCUACCCGGGCUCCCUUUUCUCAACAAGAAAGUCGAUACCAUCUACUGGUGUAGGCAGGAAUUGGCGAGGUUGAAUUUGGAGAUUGACAUCGACCAGAAGAACCCAGAGCGGUAUCCACUGAUGAAGUCGGCCUUCAUUCAAUUUAAUCAUCAAGUCGCUGCGCAUAUGGCUUGCCAGAGCGUCACCCAUCAUAUUCCGAGACAUAUGGCUCCUCGCACUGUGGAAAUAUCUCCUAACGAUGUGCUCUGGGAAAACAUGGCUAUCAGCUGGUGGGCUGAAUGGCUUCGGACCGCUGCUGCAGUGGCUAUUGUCGCCGGCAUGAUUCUUCUUUGGGCGUUCCCAGUUGCCUUCACCUCCUCAAUCUCUCAAGUUAGUACGCUGACAGACACCUUUCCCUGGCUAAGUUUCAUCGACGAGAACAAAACUAUCCACAACAUUGUGUCUGGUGUUACUGGUGUUCUGCCAGCCGUUUUGCUUGCUCUGCUUCUCUGGUUAGUUCCGAUUAUCAUGGGCUUCCUUGCUGGCUUUAAAGGAGCCAAGACUGGGGCCCAAAAAACGGAAACGGUUCAGAAGUUUUAUUUCGCGUUCCUCUUCGUCCAAGUAUUCUUGGUCGUCUCCUUAGCUUCAGGCGUCCUCCAAACGCUUGAUUAUCUUGCAAAUAACCCCACUGGGAUUGCGGAUCUCUUAGCCGAAAACUUACCAAAGGCCGCCAACUAUUUCUUCUCUUACAUGAUUCUUCAGGCCCUCAGUGUGAGCUCGGGUACUUUACUACAAAUCGGAGCUCUCAUCAACUGGUACAUCCUUGCGAGGAUUAUGAAUAACACGGCCCGAAAUAAGUGGUUCACUAAUACCAAGCUGCCUGAAGUGAACUGGGGAACAACCUUCCCUGUCUAUACCAAUUUCGCCUGCAUUGCGUUAAUCUAUUCAGUGGUCGCCCCGAUCAUUUCCAUCUUUGCCAUUAUCACAUUUAGUCUCUUGUGGAUGGCAAAUAGGUACGCCAUGAUAUACGUGAACCGCUUCACGAUUGACACCGGUGGCGUGCUGUAUCCACAGGCCAUCAACCAGACCUUUACAGGGCUUUACGUGAUGGAGUUGUGCCUUGUCGGCUUGUUUUUCCUCGUCAGAGAUGAGUUUGGCGAAGUUGCAUGCGCACCGCAAGCUAUCAUCAUGAUUGUUACGAUUUUCCUAACAGGCAUAUACCAAAUUCUUCUGAAUCAGUCCUUUGGGCCAUUAUUUCGAUACCUACCGAUCACCUUCGAAGACGAGGCGGUUCUGCGGGAUGAGGCAUUCCGGCGUGCGCAGGAACGCCGUCUAGGUAUUGAUAAUCGCGACGAUGAUGCGUCCGACAAGGAGGACUCGCCGAGACAGCAAGGUGGGAGCCAGACUAAUUCUAUGGACGGUGCUGAUGACAAGACGGGGCGAGGUAAUAAAUUUACCAAUUUUAAGCCUGUUAAGGGCAUUGUCCACGCCGGUACCUGGGCAGCUCGCGGCGGUAAAACUACUUAUGAUCGUACUUUUGGAAUAGCGGAGAAGGGGUUUAAGAAUGUCGCCAAAUAUCGUGAAGAGCGUCGGAAGAAGGAUCUCGAAGCGCAGAGGGCCAUCGGCGAGGCCCUGUAUGGCGGAUUUCACGAUGAAAUUGAGGAUCUUAUGCCGGAAGAAAGAGACGUACUUGUUAAGCGUGCGUUUAUGCAUUCGGCCUUGCGUGCAAAGCGGCCAACUGUGUGGAUUCCUCGCGAUGACUUAGGAGUGAGUGACGAUGAGAUAAGAAGGACGAGGGAGUUCAGCGAACAUAUUUGGAUUUCCAACGAGGGCACGGCACUCGACAGCAAAGUGCGGGUGGUAUACGGCCGUGCCCCUCCAGACUUCUCGGAGCUGGAUAUUAUCACCCUCUAAAGAAAAGAGACAGGUGAAUUGAAAUGUACAUAGAAAACAUACGAUGGAAUGACUAGGUACCUAGUAAGGUUGGAGUUCGUUGCAUAGCCGGCGGAGAGAUAUACCCUAUGUUGCAUAAGGCCAUUAAUAGAACUUCCUAAAUAGAUAGGCCAUCUGAUUUCUGGAUACCACCCGAUGUGCUUUUUCUAAACUUGAAAGAGACUCCUUACGGAUUGUAACCUCAUACAGGGGGAGGGAUCAUUCUUAAUACCUUUGAUUAUAGGUAGGCUUCUAAUCCCUGGGCCCGUACCUAAGUCGCCUUGCUUUUAGCUUGAGCUUGGCCGGAGCUAUACACCC